GUGGAGCGAAUAGGCGAGAUUAACCCAAAUAGCCUCUGUGUCCGUCGUGUGUAUUAUGCAUUAAGGCACGGACCGGCAACGCCAUGGACUUCUAUAUUAAUCUGAAGGUGAAUUUCAGGGGAAAUUCCAAAAAUUUCCUCCUGUCGGGAUCCGAGACCAAAAGCUGGGAGUCGAUGGAGGCCAUGGUGAAACGUUCUUUUGGCCUGUGCAGUCUUCAGCUGACCUAUUUCGACGAGGAGAACGAGGAGGUGUCCAUUAACAGCCAAGUGGACUAUGAAGAGGCAUUGAAGAGUGCAGCGAGGCAGGGGAACCGACUACACAUGAACGUUUACGAGACUCGGGGCCAGCAGGCGAGGGUCCCCACCACCAAAGCCAGCGGAACAGAGCCCAAGAGGGGCUUCCGACCCCCACAGCACUGUCCCGCUCUGGCCCAGGUGGUCAGUCGCAAAGUCCAGGCUGCAGUGCCAGAACAGGGCAUGGUGAUCUUGAAAGACAUGAAGGGAACCAAAGAAGAAGACAAGACUCCGCCAGCCUGGUUCACCUCUUACAUGGAGAAGUUUAAGGACCAGGUGGUCCGUGAGGCAGUGGAGAAGAUCUGCCGGGAGUUCUCUGGACAGUGCUGCAUUCACAAGCCCCUUGGAGGAGGAGGAGGAGGAGGAGGAGGAAGUGGGGGAGGAGGAAGUGGGGGAGGAGGAGCAGCUGGGGGAGGUAGAGGGGAAUCUGUAGGAGGAGCGGAGGCCCAGCAGGUGCCUGAGGUUUCCUCCUCUACUCUGCCCGGAGCUCCAUCCUCCUCCACGCCUCCCUGCUCCUCUUGCCGGGGGCAGACCACGGGAGGAGGGUAUCAGUGCAGUGUAUGUACCUCCUGUACUUUGUGCGAGCCCUGCAGUUUCUCUCAUGAUCCCAGUCACAACCUGGUGAGAGCCAGGACUCCUCUGUCCAUCCCGGAGCACGGAUCGCCUGCCCCAGACCACAGCAGGUUCUACAGGCGAGGUGAUCGCAGUUUCCGAAAGGCGGAGAAGCAGCGGCUGAAAGCAGAGAAGCGCCUGCUGAAAGCCGAGGUCAAGGAGAUCCGAAAACAGCUGAGAAUGGAGAGGCGGGGCAUACAGUGGAGCUCCUCCCACAGAGAUGGCAGCUCCUCCCCUGUCCUUCUGCAGCCUCGAGCCACCCAACACAACAGCCCUGAGCGUCCAAAGCGUCCCUGUCCCCUGGUUGUUCCAGCCAUGACGGCUGCAUUUCUGGACGAGAACCUACCUGAUGGAACCCGACUGCGUCCCGGGUCCAAGUUUAUCAAGUACUGGAAAAUGAGGAACACUGGAACAAUUUGCUGGAGCGCUGACACUAAGCUGAAGUUCAUGUGGGGAAACCUGGCAGUUGGUUCAGGGGACCGUUGGAGAGAAGUGUCUGUUCCCUUUCUCCAGCCAGGACAGGUUGGAAUAGUGAGUGUGGCGCUGUGUGCUCCCGCUGUAGAGGGAUCCUACACCUCCCACUGGCGUCUGGCCCACGCUGGAGAGCAGUUUGGACCCCGGGUCUGGUGCAGCAUAGUGGUUGAUCCUCUGGCCCCAGCGCCCAUGAUGGCUGAUGGGAUACUGGUGUCACCUUGUGUCACACCGCAGGGAAAGAACCCAGUCGCAAAGAAUGGAAAAGCCUGUGCAGCAAGGGAGCAGCCACUAAUGUCAGUAGACCAAGAGGAGUACUACAUCCCAUCUGUGGACCUGCUCACUGCACAGGAUCUUCUAUCUUUUGAGCUGUUGGACAUCAACAUCGUCCAAGAGUUGGAGAGUGUCCCAAACAACACCCCUGCUGACUUGACUCCAUGUAUGUCCCCUCUGCCUCAAGAUGGAUACCUGCAGGACAAGGGCAGUCCCUCUUUGGCUCUUAUCCAGGAAGAAACUGAAGUCAUCAAUAGCAUCAUGGAUGUCCCUCAUGGGGCGAGAUCUGGAGCAGAGGGGGGCGGAGUCCCGGCUCAGGAGGAAGGGGAGGAUGACAUCAGCGGGACUCAGUUUGUUUGCGAGACUGUGAUUCGCUCAAUGACCCUAGAGGAGGCCCCUGACCAUGCCCCUUUGAGAGGGUCCCGCCCAGGGCCAGUGGUGCGUCCGGCUGCUCAGGGCGGCUCCUCCUCCUCCUCCUCCUGUGUGAAGAGUAAAACAGUGAAAUCCGAAGAGAGCCCAGACAGCAGCCCCAGCACCUCUAAAAGCCCUCUGAAACCACCAACUACGCUGAAGGCUUCCCUCCCUCCCCCACUGAAAGCCUCCCUGCCAGCUCCACUGUAUGUGGCCUCGACCCUGGGACCCGGCCCCAGCUCAGCCCCGACCCCGCUUAUUGCUCCGCCCAGGUCCUCAACACUGCAGGAGCACACAACCACAGUUCAAGGUAGGGGAUCCCACAUGGAGAACAUCCGUGUGGAGAAGGGGCCAGAGGAGGAGAAGGAGAAAGAGGGAGGGGAGAAGAGAGAAGGUUCAAGGAGUCGCUCCUCCUCUACCUCCUCAGAGGAUUACAUCAUCAUCCUUCCCGACUGCUUUGACACCAGUCGGCCACUGGGGGAAUCCAUGUACAGCUCUGCUUUGUCCCAGCCCGGUGACAUCCCAACCAAGAUCCCCACAGACCCAGAAACCCCAUCUCACGACCAACCAGGCUGUUCAACCCCAGAGGGGCAGCUAGGUGAGGCGGACAACACCGUGGUGGUUCCAGGGAUGGUGGUGUUGGGCACCAGCAGUGCCAACGACAUGCUUUGUACAUCUCAGACGCUGGAUGACGAGCCUCUGACACCAGAAGUGGUGGCACCGCCUCAAGCCAUUGUUACAACAAGUCCAGGGAGCAGUGGAAAAACAGAUGUGGACCCUGCCACUGCCCGGGAGGGAGCAGAUGGCUCUGAACUGUACCAAACUGAGGAUGCCUCUGGUCCUGAACAAACUCAGACAGAUGAUGCUGAAGCUACUGAAGACACAAAGGAGGAGAACCCUGAGGAUCCCAGGCACCCAGGCCUCACCAGCGGCCUGGUGAAAGGAGCUCUGUCAGUAGCUGCGUCUGCUUACAAAGCUCUGUUCACUGGACAAGGCCCCACACAGCCUCCAGUGGAUGCAUCCACCCAAGACACCAUGAUGGCUGUGCUGGUGGAGAUGGGUUUUGGGGACCGGCCGCUGAACCAGCGGCUGCUGAAGAAAUACAACUACAACCUACUGGACGUGGUCAACGAGCUCGUUCAGAUGACUGACAAUGACUGGUACUCUACACGCUACUGACGAGAGACAGAGAGAGAGCGAGGAGGAAGAAGUUUAGGAAGAGGAGAAAAGGAGAGAGAACGAGAUUAAACAAGGAGGAGGAAAGACUGGAAGAGAGAAAUUCAAUUCUGCUCACCAACUUUUUUUUUUGCCUUCCACUUUUUUCCCCAUCUCUCCUCUGAUUGGUCCAGUUGGAUUAAGAUAAAUUCUCUCUACGGCCACUUAAGGAGACAUUCCAGCUAACUCUCUGGGAAAUUGCACUGGAGCAUCAAACACCCACUGUCUGUAGUAUUACUUUCAGCUUAGGUUUUGAUAGUGGCAGGGCAGGUGCUUUGCAUAGAAAUUUAACGAGGGACGAGGAAAGAGACGUGUUCUUCAAGUCUCAAAUAUGUGUAGCAUUUAGCAUUUGCUAAAAUUGAGUCCCACUGCAGCCUGGAAGGGCACUACUUUAUUUCCUUUGUAAAGCAUGGAAAAGUAUUUAAACUGAUAAAAGCCACCAACAACAAAUUUUAUGUGACACAGCAUGCUAACGUGAAGCUGUGUCUUCACUGUUAGGUAACAGUUGCACUUCCAUCCUCUGAAGUAAUGUUACAGAUUUUAAUGUUAAUGUAAGAUCAGAGCUCAGUGGCUAGCAGAGAUAAUAUUCCCACAUCAAAAUAAUAAUUGUUGAAAUGCUACACAUAGCACAUUGCUGCUUUGCCCUUUUACCUGGGACACAACGCAGCAAGAUAAUAUCAAGUAUACAGAUCUGCACAGACAAACAUAGGGGGAGAUCCACAUCACGGGUCGCUUUGGCGCCACUUAGUCAGAGCAUGUGUUCACAUGAUAGUGAGUCACAGAUUGGAAAUCCACAUUGAAGUUACGCAAAACAGCUCAGAGCACUGAUAUACUUCCUUUUAAUUAUGUGUUUGUAUGAGCAUGGUUGAUCCCUUCUGUUGUGCGCAUCCUCGAAAAAUUAUCCCUGCACAUUCCAUAAGAUGUAGCUAAGCUAAGAGAGCUAGUCACUGCAUUUUUGGCAUGAUUGAAACACUAAACAAAAAGUAAACUGCUGGAAUGGCGCCAUGUUAAGUCAUGUUAACAUUGUGCAAAAUCUUAAGUCCCUAAUGAUUUUCCAGUUUGCAAAGGAUGAUUUGAACCUCACCUGUCUUAAGAGUUCAGGUAACAAAUAACCUGGGUCCAAGAAGAACUCUCGGCCCACUUGACAUUGCAACAUAUUUAGAAAAUUGUUUUCUUACUCUGGCUGUGCCAGUUAACUUAAUUCAUAUGUGGGACACAGUAGGUAUGCAAUGCCCAAUACUCAGAGUGUGGUAAUGCAUUGCAUUAGUCUCACAAAGUAGUCUUUGGUUCUUGGCUUGGGUCCAGGUCUCAAAAUUGGCAGUACCAAUUAUGGUUCAGCCGGUACUGGACUCAGAAAUGCGGGUUCCAGGUUUAGGUCCCAGCUUUAGGCCUAUUUUAAAGAGGGAAUCAUCUUUUAAAUGACUACUGUUGUGGUAGGCAAGUUGUUGCAGGAAGUGUUGCAAAUCAAUGAACUUUGCAAAACGAUUUACGAGAGAUGUUAUUGGAUUAUCCAGUAACUUGUGACACAUAUCGUGAUAUAAAAUGACAUCUAUCCCAAUGACUAGCACUGUAGGCAGGCAAGCAUGUUAACGAUGCUGCUUGCGUUGGAGCAACAUGUUUAUGGGUUCAUGUUGGUAAAAAGCAUUAUAUCAUGAUUCUUAGAGCUGGGUACAAAUACAUCAUCUAUGCUCAGUAUAGCAUUAUUAUUAUUAUUAUUAUUUUUAUAACUUAUGUCCAUAUCACUGGAGCAUAGAAAGGGUUUCCGCACACCUCUCACUGUACUGUAUGCUUAAUCUACUGAAGAUUGAUGACUAGUUCAUGACUACUGAAAGCAGAAAAUAAACAACAUUCCCCAUAAAGUUAUUUUGGAUUUAGAUAGUGUUUGCACUUGCAGGUCACAGGGACUAUUCAGUCAAUUGCUUAUAUUGACUCCCCCAUCUUACAAACAUUCUCUGGACCUGUUUGUUGUUGUUGUAAGCUGGCUCUCACAAUAAGCAUUGUCAGUGUUCCCUGAUUUUGUUUUGAGGGUUAAAACGUUAGAUUGAAGAAAUUCCUCGCAUUUUGUUUACUUUAUUUCUCUUCUUUUUACAUCAUACAUGUCGAAGAUCUAAACAAAUCAGCCAGAGAGACAAACGACUGCUCAAAGUUACUGUAUUUAGUUGAGUCAGAAGGGGUACAUUUAAUGACCUCAAAUAGGAUUCAGCUUUGUUGAUCCCCUCAAAACCCAUUUGAUAUAUAUCAUUUUGCGCUCCUGUCAUCUGUUUUGUGCUUCUUCAAAAUGGUGAGGUGUGUGGGCUGAUUCUCUUAAAGGAUGUGUACUUCUUGUGGUAGAGCACAUGAAGAGUAUGUACAGUUAACAAUAGGGUCAUUCCAAACUUAAAUUGGAAUCAAAAUGUGCAAUCAGUGUGUAACAAUGUGAACAUUUUUUUCCUUUCACAAAUUGAUGAAUAUAUACAGAACCUCCUAGUUGGAAGCAAUGACUAUCAGUUGACUUCAUUAGUUUAAGUUAAGAUUGUUUACAGUGCUUUUGCUUUGAAUGCUUGGUGAUGAUGUUGUAUUUUUAGGCUUAUUGUGUGGUCGUUGAAUUUGCUCUGCUGUAUGUGCGUGUUGAUGUUUUUGUUCGAACAAAAUACAAAACAAAAUGUUACCAGUGAGUGGACUUUAAGGAUUUGGGUUUGGAGUUGACACAACUUAAUUAAACAUCUCUGAUAGUAGAAAUAUUGAUACAUAAAUUAAUAAUCCAAAGAACCUUUAGUACAGAAAUUGUUUUUUUGCAGUGCCAGAAAGUCAAAUAAAAGCACUGUCUUUACUAAUCCAUCGUCAAACUUUACAAUGAUGAAACAAGGAAAAGUUUGACAUUUUGGGAAAUAUGCUCAUUCGCUUUACUGCCAGGAGAAAAAUGGGAAGAAGGGAGGAUUAAUUGCCACCAAAUGUAACAGUUAAACAUUUUAUGGGGUGGUUAGUUGGUUUGUUCCAGAGGUGUCCCUUGAGUUGAUCUCCUGAUAGAUGUACACUGUUCCUAGGGAAUAACUCUACCAUACUUUACUUUAACUUCACAUCAUGUAUUCCAGAGAGUACAUUUUGCAUCAUAUUCACUCGAAGGAAUCUCGCCACAGUCCCUUUAAAAGACAUCAAGCAUUCCCCCCGUAGUAAUAGAGAGGUUAAGUCACGCCCCUUCCGGUGUUCCCCAUGGGACCUUAUUUUGGAAAAAAUAUUUAUGGUAGUCAAUGACAAGAGACAAACAAUGUUUUGUUCCUGUUUGAAUUGUGUCAUAAAUUACACAUAUGAUGAUUGUCAAUUUAAAAGAACGUUUUGCAAGUCCAGAAAGUUGCAGUUUGUCAUAAUAACGUUCCAUUUUUUGGGGAAACUUUUCUUGAAACUACAUCUCGUCUCACACAAUGUACCAACAUGGCCACUAUUUUCAUAAUUCUUGAUGUGCAAAAAUUAUCUUUAAAAUUGACAAACAUAUUUUUAAUCCAUUGCACAAUUCAAACAGGUUAAAAUAAUAUUUGUCUCUCACCAUUGACUAUUAUAUAUAUAUUUUUCUAAAUAAAGUGCCAUGGUGGUCCACUUGAAGGGGAGGGACUUCGCCUCUCUAUAAUGAACCCCCGCUUCACGUGUCUUAUCCAAACUCCUGCUUGUGAAAUGUGCACUGGAUGAAGUUGAAGAGUCUCACAUAUUGUACGUGUGUGUCAUUUUGCUUUUAAAUUUACGUGUUAUGUGUUCCACGAGGGAAGGUCAGGUAAAAUAUUUUCAUAUCGGGGUAUGUAUACAAGUUAAGUAUUUAAGGAGGGAGAGAAAAGCUGGAUAGUUUGAGCUCUUUUUCUGUGUUGCACUUUAUGAACAUGGUUACGAUGUACAAAUCAAUCUGUCUCCAAUUAAAGUCAUUA